AUGAACGUCCAACAGGCCCCAGAGUGGCUUCCGUCGUAUCUCAUUCCUUUCUUUACGCUCUCAUACCCAACGGCUCCCCCGGCAGCGCCGGACUCGUUUCCGAACGCCUCGUACUACAAGAAUGGCUUGCUAGAUGGUUGUCUCAUCAUCACCUUUAUCGCCGUGAUGGCCGUCCUACGUGACGUGGCGCGUCUAUGGAUCCUGGAGCCUUUCUGCAGUUGGAAGUUGACGCGGGAUUUGAGGCUCAGCCUGCAAGCCAAGCGUGCAGCGGCAAAUGGGAACGGAAAGGCGAAUGGCGCGACGAAUGGAGUAGGGAAGGUGAACGGCGUGGCAAAUGGAAUGGGGAAGGCGAACGGCGUGGCAAAUAGAAUCGGGGAAGCCAACGGCCACAUCGUCGUCAACGGAAAGGCCAACGGCGUCGCGAACGGCAAUGGGCAUGCAGUGUAUGCCAACGAGAAUGGACAUACCGUAUAUGUGAGCGGUGUGGUGAUCUCGCGAAAACAGGCCAAGAAAAUACACAGAAGUGUGCUCCGCUUCGCUGAACAAGGCUGGCCCGUGAUAUACUACUCCUGUUUGUGGUCCCUAGGCGUGUAUGUUCACAGCAAUCUACCUACGAAAAUCCUCAAUCCCAUAGAUGUGUGGACAAGUUAUCCUCAUAUACCCCUCGCUGCUCCUCUCAAGUUCUACUAUCUCCUGCAAACCGCUUUCUACUGUCAUCAAAUACUAAUCCUCAAUGCUGAGGCUCGUCGCAAGGAUCACUGGCAAAUGAUGACGCACCAUAUUAUCACAGUUGCUCUCAUGGUCGCGAGCUACUUCUUCAACUUCACGCGCGUGGGUUGUCUGAUAUUGAUGAUCACGGACUGGUGUGACAUAUUCUUGCCGCUCGCGAAAAUGUUCCGCUAUCUGUCGCUCUCUACCCUUUGCGAUGUGACAUUCGUCUGGUUUAUGAUCUCAUGGGCCGUAACGCGACAUGCAUUAUUCAUUCUCGUCAUCAUCUCUACAUACACUGCUAUGAACACUAUACCUCCACGCUUGGACGUCGAGCACGGUUUUUACACGACUAGGGAAAUCUUUUCGGGCUUCCUUGUCCUCCUUUCGAUGCUACAGGUGAUCCAGAUCAUGUGGUUCUGGAUGAUCUGUCGGGUUGCUUGGAGAGUGGUCAGCGGCCAGGGCGCUGAAGACUCACGCAGCGAUGACGAAGAUGGCGAUGACUUGGACGAGGAAACCAAGAAGGAUCGGUGA